AAUAAGAAUACAGAAAAUAUCGGUUCAGUUUUGCUUGGCGCAAAAAUUGUUCCGAAAAGGUAAGGUUAUUUAGAUUGUUUAGCUAAAUCUUAUCUAAGAGCAUCGUUACAAAACUCAUAAUAAUAUUUAGAUUAUAAACUUGGCAAACACCCAGAAAGAGUGUAGAGUUUUCAUAUAUUUAAGAAACUAAGUAGCUUUUUGUAUCAGAAAAUUUGGAUCUGAAGCUAGAGCGAUAUAAAAGGAGCAUUGAUAGAGAUGAAAUAUGGCGACCCAUUAAAUUGUAUAAGGUCGCCAUUUUACUUUUGACAUAAGUCUACAAGAUUUCGCUAAAUCGUUCUAGGACAGAAAUUUUCGAAAAUUAUAUAUUCUCCUAUUAUUACCCGACUUUCAUCAGUGUAAUAUAAGAUAGUAUACUAAGUUCAACGAACAUUUCUGAAAGGUUUCAUAAGAAUCCUUUUUUUGCUUUAUAUUUACUGAUUUUAAUUCCUUUUCUAGAUGGCUCCUGCCAGAGAUCUAGAGGAUAUUUAUCAGAAAAAAACCCAACUGGAACAUGUUCUUCUCAGACCAGAUACAUAUAUUGGAUCCAUACACAAGCACACUGAGAUGAUGUGGGUAUAUAAUGAUGAGAAAGAGCAGAUGAUCCAGCGAGAAUUGACUUAUGUGCCCGGCUUAUAUAAAAUUUUUGAUGAAAUCAUGGUUAAUGCCGCUGAUAACAAACAAAGAGACAGAGAGGGGAUGACAAGAAUUUCAAUCGAAAUCAACUCGUUGGAUAAUAAAAUUCGAAUAGAAAAUAAUGGAGAAGGUAUUCCAAUUGAAAUGCAUAAGAAAGAGAAUAUGUACAUUCCAACUAUGAUUUUUGGUCACCUCCUCACGUCGUCUAAUUUCAAUGAUGAUGAGAAAAAAGUUACGGGUGGUCGAAAUGGUUUCGGUGCAAAGUUGUGUAAUAUCUUUAGUAAAAAAUUUAUCGUCGAAACUACCUCAAGUAAAUUGAAAAGAUCUUUCAAACAAGUUUGGGAAGAUAAUAUGAUGAAAACAAGCGGUCCUAUGGUAAAAGAUUCCAAUAAGUCAUCCGACUCGACUGCAAUAACUUUUUAUCCUGACUUAAAAAAAUUCGAUAUGACUGAACUGGACAAGGAUAUUUGUGACUUGUUCAAAAGACGAGCAUAUGACGUAGCUGCUUCAACCAGGGGUGUUAAAGUUAUGCUCAAUGGAAAGAAGUUGCAAGUUAACAAUUUUAAGGACUAUAUCCAACUGUUCAUUAAAGAUAAAGAAGACGAUUCUGGGAACAAAUUAAAAGUUGCCUAUGAAUUGGUAAACGAAAGAUGGGAAAUAGCAGCAACUAUAAGCGACAAAGGAAUGCAACAAGUAUCUUUUGUAAAUAGUAUUGCUACAACAAAAGGGGGAAAGCAUGUUGAUUAUAUUGCCGAUCAAAUAGCUAACCGUUUAGUUAAUGCUGUUAAGAAAAAAGAAAAAAAAGGAUCAUCUGUAGUGAUUAAACCGUUUCAAGUUAAAAAUCAUUUAUGGAUUUUCAUUAAUUGCUUAAUUGAAAAUCCUAGUUAUGAUAGUCAGACCAAAGAAUCAAUGAACUUACAAGCUAAAAAGUUUGGUUCAAAAUGUGAACCCUCGGAGAAAUUUUUUGGUCAGGUUGAAAAGUGUGGCAUUAUCGAUGCUAUUCAAUCUUGGAUAAGAUUUAAAGAUCAAGAAAAGCUAACAAAGAAGUGCUCCGCCGGAAAACACAAUAAGUUAAAAGGUAUCCCAAAACUUGACGACGCAAAUGACGCGGGUACACGUAAUUCAAGUGAUUGUACUUUAAUUCUAACUGAGGGAGAUUCAGCCAAGACUCUUGCUGUUGCUGGUUUAGGAAUUAUCGGCAGAGACAAAUAUGGUGUUUUUCCCCUAAGAGGUAAACUUCUCAAUGUAAGAGAAGCAACCACGAAACAGAUAAUGGAAAAUGCUGAAAUUAAUAAUCUGAUAAAGAUAUUAGGACUAAACUACGGAAAUAAAUAUGAUGAUCCUGAGUCUAUUAAAAAGUUAAGAUAUGGAAAAAUUAUGAUAAUGACUGAUCAGGAUCAAGAUGGCUCUCAUAUAAAAGGCUUAAUUAUAAAUUUUAUUCACAAUAAGUGGCCAAACUUGUUAAAAUAUAAUUUUAUUGAAGAGUUUAUUACUCCGAUCGUUAAAGUUUCAAAAAAAGACAAAGUCCACAGUUUUUACAGCAUACCAGAAUUUGAAGAAUGGAAAAAGGCAACUCCAAAUUGGCAUGUUUGGAAAGUAAAGUACUACAAAGGUUUGGGUACGUCCACUUCAAAAGAAGCUAAGGAGUACUUCAUGGAUAUGCAACGGCACCGAAUUAAAUUUAGGUUUGGAGGAAGUACGGAUGAGGAUUCUAUACUUCUAGCUUUUAGCAAAAAGAAAAUUGAAGAAAGAAAGACCUGGCUUACUGAAUACAUGAAUGAUAGAAAAGAGAGACACUUAACGGAUAGACCUGAGGUUUAUUUAUAUGGGAAAGAUACGAAAACUGUUACUUAUUCUGAUUUUGUUAACAAGGAGUUAAUUCUGUUUUCAAAUGCCGAUAAUGAACGUUCAAUACCGUCUGUUUGUGAUGGUUUAAAGCCAGGUCAACGUAAAGUACUAUUUGCCUGCUUUAAAAGAAAGCAAACAAAGGAAGUUAAAGUUGCCCAACUUUCUGGUGCCGUGGCCGAAUUGUCUGCCUAUCAUCAUGGUGAAGGAUCUCUUAUGGCAACGAUCAUAAAUUUAGCUCAGAAUUUCGUUGGCUCAAACAAUAUCAAUAUUUUGGUUCCUGUUGGACAAUUUGGUACACGAUUGAAUGGAGGGAAAGAUGCUGCUUCUCCUCGUUAUAUUUUUACUCAGCUAAGUCCCCUUGCAAGAAAGCUGUUUCACGAAGAUGACGAUCCCUUACUUUUACACUUGUAUGAUGAUAAUCAGCGAAUUGAACCUAAUCAUUAUGUUCCUAUUUUACCUAUGGUAUUGGUCAAUGGUGCUGAAGGCAUAGGGACUGGAUGGAGUACAAAAGUUCCUAACUACAAUCCGAGAGAUAUUGUUGAAAACUUAAAGUUAAUGAUGGAUGGAUUGGAACCACGCCAUAUGGAGCCCUGGUAUAAAAACUUCAGAGGCGAAAUUAUCGCUGUAGACGAAACUAAAUAUGCUUCCAACGGUGAAGUGUCUCUGCUGAAUGAACAUGAAAUUGAAAUUACUGAAUUACCAGUUAAAACGUGGACUCAACCGUAUAAAGAAACCGUUUUACAUCCUAUGUUGCAGGGUACUGAAAAAACUCCCUCUGUUAUACAAGACUUCAGAGAAUAUCAUACUGAUACAACCGUAAAAUUUGUAGUCAAAAUGUCAGAAGCAAAAAUGUCCGAUGCGCGACAAAUGGGGCUUCAUAAAUAUUUUAAGAUCCAAACAACUAUGUCAUUAGCAUCCAUGGUUUUAUUUGACACAAAUGGAUGUAUAAGGAGAUAUAAUAAUCCAAUAGAAAUUUUAAAAGAAUUUUAUGGUUAUCGUCUCAAACUCUAUGGGGAUAGAAAGUCAUAUAUGGAGAAUAUGCUGGAGGCUGAGAUGAGAAAAUUAACUAAUAUGGCUCGAUUUAUUGUAGAGAAAAUCGAGGGCAAAAUCAAAAUUGAAGAUAGGAAAAAGAAAGAUAUUAUUGCCCAAUUGGUUCAACGUGACUUUGAGCCUGAUCCGGUGAAAUCUUGGAAGGAGAAAGUAGAAAAGGAACGGAGAGAGAGAGAAAAAGCUGAUUCUAUUGAAGAUCAGGAUAAAGAAGAGGAAACGGAAGAUGCAGGCGAUUACGAUUUCCAAUAUUUACUUGGAAUGCCUAUCUACAACCUAUCUCGCGAAAAGAAAGAGGAGUUCCUGAAGAAAAAGAAAGAUAAGGAAGUCGAAUUAAAUACUUUGAAGAAAAAAUCCCCUAAAGAUUUAUGGCGAGAAGACUUAAAUGAUUUUAUUGAAGAAUUAGAGAAAGUAGAAGAAAAGGAGAGAGCAGAUGCUGGAACUGCAAUCGUGACAACUACAGGAAAGACUGGAAAGGGGAGAGGAAAGACAGCCAAGGUGCAUCUUCAAGAUACCAAGCCAUCACAAUUUGGAGAGAGAGUACCACCUGUUCUUGAUCCUGCUCUUAGAACGAAGGUUUUAGCUGAGGCAAAUCGUAAACGAAAAGCUGCAGCAAAAAAAGAGGAUGGAAAGCAGCGUAAAAUAGAUGAUUUUCUGGGAAACGUUGACUCUGAUGACUCUAUGCCUCCCUUGGAACAAGUUGUUUCUCCGAGAACUUCUGCCGAGCAAUCAAAACCAAAAGCCGAACCAAAGAAGAAAAGGAAAACUCCUGCUGAACCAAGUACCUUCCUGGAUGAGCCAAAGAAGAAGGGAAAACCGAAGAAGGAAAAAUCUCCCAAGAAACCAAAGAAAAAAGCUUGGGAAAUGUCUGAUUCUGAGUCUGAAAUUGUCUUGCUUUCCGAUAAUGAAGAAAAAGAAGACUUAGACUCCUCGGAUAUACAACCAAGAGCGAAGUCAACAAGAGCCAGAGUUACAAAAUAUACCAUUGACUCUGAUAGUGAAGACGAAACGGAAGGAGAAAUUUUUGACAUUGACAUUGAAUCUGACGACUUUUAA